AUGGACGCGUUCAUCUUGCGCAAAAGGCGUCGCGUGUCUUCGCCGCAGGCUGAUCUUGAACCCAAGACUCCUCUUACACCACCGAUCGACGAGGACGCCGAGUCCACCGACGUCAAACUGGCAAUUCUGUCAUCUCUAUACCCAAGCAGAUCCCAGGGUGACCUGCUGGAAGUCCUGCUCGGCUGUGACGGCUCCGUGGACGCUGCCGUCGAAGCACUCUCGACUGUUGCGCAAGAUGCCCCUCCACCACCGAAGCGUCGACUGACCGGCGCCAAUAUGCAGACCGGCCUCCCCUUCACGUCAGAGAACAAGAGUCCAUCAAAGUCAGUGUCGCAACAACCGCUGACUAGAAAGGGCAAAACUCUCCACCUCUACACGCCCCAAGCCAUCGCAAGCCAUACCCCCUGUUCCAUAAUCCACAAUUUCCUGCCUGCCAACCUUGCAAAUGCCCUGCUGGCAGAACUCCUCGCUGAAGUCCCCACUUACGACUCCAUUCAAUUCAAGAUAUUCGACAAUGUCGUGAAAUCUCCGCACACGGCAUGUUUCUACGUCGACAGCCUGGCGGAUGUAGAGCGACAGAGGAGCGAGUAUUACUACAACGGCAAUGAUCUCGGUGAUAUCAGGCAAAUUCUGCCGGUCAUGAAGCAAGUCAGCGAUCUUGUUCGUGACGCAGUGAACAAGGAGAUCGAUAUCCGGAUCCGUGACUUUUACCCGAAUGGUAAAAAAUUGAAAUAUCAAUCGUCUCAGCCAUGGAGGCCCAACGCCGCUUUCGUCAAUUGCUACGAUGGUGGCGCGCAACAUGUGGGCUAUCACUCUGACCAGCUCUCCUAUCUAGGGCCUCGAGCCAUCAUAGGGAGCUUGAGCCUCGGAGUUGCAAGGGAGUUUCGUGUGCGAAAGAUCGUGCCCAAGGACGAUCACGACGAAAACAACAAAUCUGAACGCACCUCUUCAGCAGCAGACAUUUCGGGCCAAAUCGCAAUCCACCUGCCGCACAAUUCUCUCCUCGUAAUGCAUGCCGAGAUGCAAGAAGAAUGGAAACACAGCAUCGCACCGGCUCUUACCAUCACCCCCCAUCCCGUCGCCGGCAAUAAACGCAUUAACAUCACCUAUCGGUGGUAUCGUGAAGAAUUUCGCCCCAAAUACACUCCAAAAUGCAGAUGCGGGGUCCCUUGUGUAUUGAAAACAGUGCAGAAACAAAGGGCUAAUAGGGGCAGAUAUAUGUGGAUGUGUCAGGUUGGAAAUAAACCAGGAGGCAGCGAGGGAUGUGGGUGGUUCGAGUGGGCGAGGUUUACAGAUGACGGAGUGCCUGUGAGCUGGAAGGAUGAUGCGAUAGGAGAAAAGAGUGAGCAAAAGGAAAAGAAUUGCCAGGACGAGAUGGGCAAUGAGGAUGGCUCAUGGAGACCCCUAGAUCCCGAACCAUGUGAGUGA